AUGGCUGAUGGGUGUUUGGCAUUUCGUCAACUGUACGUGGAAUUGUUUGGUGUGUGCCCUUUUUCCGAGUGCGUUACCAUUGCGUCGACUUGCUUAAGGGUGUUUAAAUCGAACUUCUUGGAACCCGAGACGAUGGGGGUAGUACCACCUUUAGGCUAUCGUUCUAGGGACGUAUGCUCUGUUCAAGCUAAGGAAUGGUUGUACUCACUAAGCAUCGAAGGAUUGGAAUGGGCAGGAAGUGCACAAGGUGAGGCCACGAUUCUGGGGGCAAAGGUGGAUGGCUAUGAUGAAAACCGACGUGUAGUGUAUCAGUUUCAAGGAUGUUACUGGCACGGGUGUCCCACAUGCUUUCCAUCGAGAGGUGCACCCCAUGCUCACCUAGGAAUAAGUAUGUCAGACGUGUAUGAAAAGACACUGCGACGCACGCGAGAGUUACACGGAGCAGGGUAUAAGGUGGUGCAGAUGUGGGGUCACGUGUGGGACGUGCAGAGAGAGCAGCAUCAGGACCCUCCGAAGUGGAUUAAGGAUCUGGACCCCAUACGUCCGAGGGAGGCCAUGUUUGGGGGGCGGACCAACGCUAUAACGCUGGCAGCACGUGCAAAGAGAGGGGGUGAAGAAAGAGAAAGAGAAGAGGCGCAGGAAGAGGAAGAAGAAGACGCGGAUUUGGCACUAACGUUGGUGUCGGAUUCGGUGGACAAGAUACGAUACAUUGACGUGUGCUCGCUGUACCCUUACGUGAUGUACGACAAUUUUUACCCCGUGGGUCACCCUGUGGUACUGUAUGGAAAAGACAUUCCACCCUUGGAUAGGUGCAGGCACAAACUACUGUAUCAUUGGUAUGGAUUGAUUCGAUGUGAAGUAGACCCCCCCAAGACUUUGUAUUUUCCAGUGCUGUCGGUAAUCAUCAAUCAUAAGCUGAUGUUUCCGCUUUGUCUAACGUGUGCGCAACAGGAAAAUGGGGAACCCUGCGAGCACUCGCCAGAGGAGCGACGACUGUAUGGGACAUGGACUACGGCGGAAAUGGAACGAGCUUUAGAAGAGGGGUACAAGCUACACGCUGUUUACGAGGUGUGGGAUUACGAGCGCGUAAGUGGUCAAUUGUUCAAGACGUACAUUCGUGAGAAUCUGAAGCUAAAGUUGCAAGCGUCAGGAUGGCCACAACACUGCACCCCAAGCGAAACCAAMGCGGCUUUUGUGAGAAACGUAAAACGGGAACAGAACAUGGACUUGGAAGAAGACAAGAUGGUGUUUAAUCCGGGGUUGAGGAGCAUUGCCAAAUUGAAUCUAAACUAG